AUGAAAAACUCCAAUACCCUGCGCAAAGCGCUAGGCUCAGGCUCGGGCCUGUCGUUCGGGGCGUGGCAGAUGCUUCCUGGCUCACAUCUGUCACGCACGAUCGCGAGGGCAGGGUAUGAUUGGAUUUGUAUUGAUUGCGAACACGGAAACAUUGCGGACAACGAGAUGCACGAGUCCGUCCAUGCAAUUGCUGCGUGUGGCGUGAGUCCCAUCGUGCGGAUUCCCGCCAACGAAGGAUGGAUGGUCAAGCGAGCCCUGGACGCCGGAGCGCAUGGAAUCAUUGUCCCGUUGUUGUACAGCGUUGAAGAUGCGAAGAAACUGGUCCAGACGGCCAAGUUCCCGCCGGUGGGCAAGAGAGGUUUUGGGAGUCCGUUCUCGAUGGGCGCGUUCGACGUCAAGGGCGACCUGACCGGAUACGAGUACAUGAAAAACGCGAACGCGAACCUUUUGACUAUCGUCCAGAUUGAAACCAAGGAGGCUUUGGAAUGUGUCGAGGAAAUCGCCAAAGUCGAUGGUAUCGAUGUGCUCUUCAUCGGACCAUGGGAUUUGGGUAACAACAUCGGAUAUCCCGUCCAAGGCGACUUCGCUCCGGAACUGAAAGCGGCGAUUGAGAGAGUCUUGAAAGCCGCCCAAGCCGCGGGCAAAAGGUCGGGGAUUUAUUGUCCUUCGGGCGAAUUUGCCAGACGGUAUGCCGAUAUGGGAUUCCAAAUGAUCAGUGUCGUCAAUGACAUGACGGCCAUUCCGACGUUCAUGGCAGAGUCGUUGUCCAAGGCCAAAGGCUCCUAUGGCCAUGCGGCUGCGCAAGCCAUCAAGGGCGCCGCUUACGGAGCAGCCAAUAUGAUGUCGCAAGAGGAGAAGAAGUGA